UCGCACUUCUUAGCUCAUAUCCUGGUGUUCUCAGUGAAGCUUCACAAAGUUUCACAGAGCCCAAACAAACCACAAUGUGCGGAGACGCGACGAACUGGGACGAAGAUGCAUACAGGGAAAGCAUAUUGAAGGAGAGGGAGAUCCGAACCCGAACCGUUUUCCGGACGGUUUGGGGACCCUCCCAAAACCCUAACCCGGACACCAUCGUCGUGGCUUCCAGUGACGGCUUGCUGGCCUCCUACUCCAUCUCCUCCUGCAUUUCCAAGCUCCAAUUGGGUUUUAGCAAUACAAAGGCACAAAACUUGUUAGUGGCUGAACCAGAAUGGUUUCUGCAAGGGCAUGAUGGACCUGUAUAUGAUAUCAAAUUCUAUGGUGAGGAUGAAGAUGCCUUGUUGCUAAGUUGUGGUGAUGAUGGUCGGAUUCGGGGAUGGAGGUGGAAGGAAUUUUUGAGCUCAGAUGUGCCCAUUCCUUUGCAAGGGAACCACAUUAAGCCAGUACUUGACCUGGCAAAUCCUCAACAUAAAGGUCCUUGGGGGUCUCUUUCUCCAAUCCCCGAGAAUAAUGCCAUUGCUGUUAAUAUGCAGGGGGGAUCUAUUUUUUCAGCUUCUGGUGAUUCUUGUGCAUAUUGCUGGGAUGUGGAAACUGGUAAAAUCAAAGUAGUCUUCAAGGGGCAUUCAGAUUACUUGCAUUGUAUAGUAGCCCGAAACUCUGUCAAUCAGAUUAUAACUGGUUCAGAGGAUGGGACUGCACGGAUAUGGGACUGCAGAAGUGGAAAAUGUAUUCAAGUAAUUGAUCCGGCAGAGAAUACAGUGGUGAAAGGUUUCUUCUCAUGUGUUAGUUGCAUUGCUCUUGAUGGAAGUGAGAGCUGGUUGGCUUGUGGCAGUGGUCGGAGUUUAUCCAUUUGGAACCUUCCCUCUUCGGAGCGUGUUUCAAGGAUAUCAACCCAUACUUCCAUGCAGGAUGUAUUAUUUGAUGAUAAUCAAAUUUUAGCUGUUGGAGCAGAACCUUUUCUUAAUCGUUUUGACAUAAAUGGGGCGAUUCUUUCACAAAUACAAUGUGCUCCUCUGUCAGCAUUUUCUGUCUCCAUACAUCCUUCAGGGGUUGCGGCAGUUGGAGGUUAUGGGGGCCUUGUAGAUGUUAUCUCACAGUUUGGAAGCCACCUUUGCACAUUUCGCUGCAGAUGUAUCUCUCUUCGAAAUUUCACUUUUCAACGAUCGACAGGUCUCUCUCUCUCUCUCUUCGAUCCGACUGUUGAUUUUGAUCUGAAUUUCACGUUUAUAUCAGAAAUUCUUUCCAUGGCUUCAUCAGAGGGGUCACAAUUUGAUGCUCGUCAGUUUGAUACCAAAAUGAAUGAGUUACUUUCAGCUGAUGGACAGGAUUUCUUUACAUCAUAUGAUGAGGUUUAUGAUAGUUUUGACGCAAUGGGAUUGCAAGAGAAUCUUCUCAGGGGCAUUUAUGCUUAUGGUUUCGAAAAACCCUCAGCUAUUCAGCAAAGGGGAAUUGUUCCUUUCUGCAAGGGUCUUGAUGUUAUUCAACAGGCUCAGUCUGGAACUGGGAAGACAGCAACUUUCUGCUCUGGUAUCUUGCAACAACUUGAUUACAGUUUAAUGGAAUGCCAGGCAUUGGUUCUGGCACCCACUAGAGAGCUUGCUCAACAGAUUGAGAAGGUUAUGCGGGCACUUGGAGACUAUCUUGGUGUAAGAGUACAUGCUUGUGUUGGUGGAACAAGUGUUCGUGAAGACCAACGUAUUCUGUCCAGUGGGGUUCAUGUUGUUGUUGGCACUCCUGGUCGCGUGUUUGACAUGCUGCGAAGGCAGUCACUUCGUCCUGAUUGCAUCAGGAUGUUUGUAUUGGAUGAGGCAGAUGAAAUGCUUUCCCGGGGUUUCAAGGAUCAGAUCUAUGAUAUUUUCCAGCUUCUACCAUCAAAGAUUCAGGUUGGGGUAUUCUCUGCCACAAUGCCACCUGAGGCCCUUGAGAUUACAAGGAAGUUCAUGAAUAAACCUGUUAGAAUUCUGGUGAAGCGUGAUGAGCUCACCCUGGAGGGUAUAAAGCAGUUUUAUGUCAAUGUUGACAAGGAGGAAUGGAAACUUGAGACACUCUGUGAUCUUUAUGAAACCUUGGCCAUUACCCAGAGUGUUAUUUUUGUGAACACCAGGCGCAAGGUUGAUUGGCUCACUGACAAGAUGCGGGGCCGUGACCACACAGUCUCAGCCACCCAUGGAGAUAUGGACCAGAACACAAGAGACAUUAUCAUGCGUGAAUUUCGUUCCGGAUCCUCUCGUGUCCUUAUAACUACCGAUCUUUUGGCCCGUGGUAUCGAUGUCCAGCAAGUGUCGCUUGUUAUAAAUUACGAUCUCCCAACACAGCCAGAGAACUAUCUCCACCGGAUUGGACGUAGUGGACGGUUUGGGAGGAAGGGUGUCGCCAUCAACUUCGUAACAAAGGAUGACGAGAGGAUGCUGUUUGACAUUCAGAAGUUUUAUAAUGUCGUAGUUGAGGAGCUGCCGUCAAAUGUUGCCGAUCUCCUCUAAUGAGAUUUUUUUUGCCUAUUUAGUAGGGAGUUGUAUUCUGUUUGGUAAGUUUCUCUUUUCAUUUUCCAAGUCUUUUUGUCUUAUAGGUCUGAUGUCUUUAUUUUAAGAAGCUUGAAUUUCCUACUGUCUUAAGUGGUACUUGCAAUGUAGAAUCCAUAAUUUUGCCUGAUCUGUUGUGAUUCUCGUAUGUAUUUCUAAUAUAAGGCAGUUCAAUUU